AUGGAGCACUUUAUCAAGACAUUGCAAGAAUACCACGUGGUUGAUCCAGCAAGAGUAGAUGCAAGUGGGCAUUUUCUUUCUUUUAAUUUACGCCAUCACAUCUCAAACACGAGGAAGAAGAGAGACCUCGGCAAAAAGGAAAAUGUGGUGUAUUAUAAAAUUAACCACGAGGAGAAGAAUCUGUUUUUUAACUUGACUGUCCAUGUGGGAUUUCUUUCCCGUAACUACAUAGUAGAAAGGAGACGUGGUAACCACACUAGUGCAAAGAUCGCAACUCGCUCUGGAGUUCCUUGCCAUUUCAUUGGCACAGUAUUGCAGCCAGAUUCUGGGAGCGGGACAGCAGCAAUCAGCACUUGCAAUGGUCUGACUGGAUAUUUCCGUCUGCCCCAUGGGGAUUACUUCAUCGAGCCCAUUAAAAAGCAUCCACAGAAAGAGGGAACACCUCAUCCCCAUGUUAUCUAUGGGGCGAAUAUCCUUCGAAAUGCUUUAAGGAGAAGACGAGCGAUCCCCAUGGAGAAAGAACAAGCAUGUGGAUUGAAUGAUACCUUCAGCUUUUUCCAAAACCAAGAGCGUCAGAGGGAGAGAUGGGAACGAAAUCACAUGGCUGUCAGAAAGGUUUCUCGGCGCUCUGUCAGCAAGGAACGAUGGGUGGAGACGCUUGUAGUUGCAGACAGUAAGAUGGUUGAAUAUCAUGGAAGUGACCAUGUGGAAUCGUAUAUCCUCACCAUAAUGAAUAUGGUCACAGGGCUGUUCCAUGAUCCAAGCAUUGGCAAUGCAAUUCACAUUGUGCUGGUCCGGCUCAUCCUCUUUGAGGAGGAAGAGCGAGGCUUGAAGAUAGUUCACCAUGCUGAUAAGACGUUAGCCAGCUUCUGCAAAUGGCAAAAGAGCGUCAACCCCAAGAGUGAUGUCAACCCUGCACACCAUGACGUGGCCGUCCUCCUAACCAGGAAGGACAUUUGUGCUGGCAUGAAUCGUCCGUGUGAAACCUUAGGUUUGUCUCAUCUGUCGGGCAUGUGUCAACCUCACAGAAGCUGUAACAUUAAUGAAGAUUCUGGCCUUCCGUUGGCGUUCACUAUCGCUCAUGAACUUGGACACAGUUUUGGCAUCCAGCACGAUGGAAAAGAGAACGAUUGUGAGCCUAUUGGAAAGCGUCCGUAUAUUAUGUCCCGGCAGUUGCAGUAUGAUCCCACUCCCCUCACCUGGUCUCAGUGCAGCAAGGAAUACAUCACACGUUUCCUGGACCGAGGGUGGGGAUUCUGUUUGGAUGAUGUACCUCAAAAAAAAGUUCUGAGGUCUCCACUCAUUGCUCCUGGAGUGAUUUAUGAUGUACAUCACCAGUGCCAGCUUCAGUAUGGUUCCAAUGCUACUUUCUGUGAAGAUGUGGAUAAUCUUUGCCAAACGCUCUGGUGCUCAGUGAAAGGCUCCUGCCGCUCCAAACUGGAUGCUGCCGCGGAUGGCACUCGAUGUGGAGAAAACAAGUGGUGCUUCUCUGGUGAGUGCAUUACAGUGGGCAAGACUCCAGAGGCAGUUCAUGGUGGAUGGGGUGUUUGGUCGCCCUGGUCCCAUUGCACAAGGACGUGUGGGGCAGGAGUUCAGAGUGCAGAGCGACCGUGCAAUAACCCGGAACCCCAGUUCGGAGGAGACUACUGCACUGGAGAAAGGAAACGCUAUCGCGUGUGUAACAUUAGCCCCUGUCACAAGAACAUGCCAACCUUUCGUCAGAUGCAGUGCAGUGAGUUUGAUACGGUUCCGUACCAGAAUGAAUUCUACCACUGGAUUCCAGUUUAUAACACAGCUAACCCCUGUGAGCUCCACUGUCGCCCGAUAGACGGCCAUUUUUCAGAGAAGAUGCUUGAUGCGGUCACCGAUGGUACUCCUUGCUUUGACGGAAGCCACAGCCGAGAUAUCUGUAUUAAUGGCAUGUGUAAGGCUGUUGGCUGUGAUUAUGAGAUAAAUUCCAAUGCAACUGAAGACCAGUGUGGAGUUUGCCUGGGAGAUGGCUCUGCUUGUCAUACAGUGAAGAGGAUGUUUAAUCAAAGUGAAGGAUUUGGAUACGUUGACAUUGGGCUAAUUCCAAAAGGCGCAAGGGGUAUCAGAGUCACCGAAGUGGCAGAAGCAGGAAACUUCCUUGCUGUGCGGAGUGAAGACCCAGAAAAAUAUUACCUGAAUGGAGGUUUUAUCAUCCAGUGGAAUGGUGAAUACAAAGUGGCAGGAACGGUAUUCCAGUAUGACAGAACAGGUGAUCUGGAAAAUCUGACUGCUCCUGGACCCACCAAUGAAUCAGUAUGGAUACAGCUGCUUUUUCAAGAGACUAAUCCUGGGAUAAUGUAUGAAUAUACUGUACGUAAAGAAGAAAAUCAUGAGAAUGAGAUUGGAGAGCCAGAGUAUUUUUGGCAGUAUGGAGACUGGACACCCUGCAGUGUUACAUGUGGAAGGGGGGUGCAGCGCCAGGUUUCCCACUGCAUGCGGAAGGGAAGUGGAGCAAUCAAAAACUCUUUCUGCGACCCAGCAACACAGCCAAAUGGACGACAAAAGAACUGCUAUGAAAAGGACUGUCCGCCCAGAUGGUGGGCAGGAGAAUGGCAAAAAUGCUCAACUACAUGUGGCCCAACAGGACAGAAGAAGCGAACCGUACUUUGCAUCCAAACGGUGGGAUCUGAUGAGCAGGCGUUGGCUGUCACAGAAUGCCAGCAUCUGCUUAAGCCGAAGACCCAUCUUUCAUGCAAUAGGGAUGUCUUGUGCCCUUCUGACUGGACAGUGAGCAACUGGACAGAGUGCACAGUUACUUGUGGUGGUGGAAUAAGGACUCGUAAUGUCACUUGUGCCAAAAAUAAUGAUGAGCCAUGUGAUAGUUCCAAGAAACCAAACUCUAAGGCCCUGUGUGGUCUGCAGCAAUGUCCUUCUGCUGGAAGGUUUCUGACACCACCGCUGGCACCCAGAAGAGGAAAGAUCGUAAUCAGAAAAACAGCCGUUAAUCCCAAACGGGCUUCUCCUAGCAGAAUACCUAUACCCAUACCAAGCCCGAGGUUCCGUACAACUACAAAAAUACCCAAGUCUGAAAACGUAACUCCCUUUUUGCCUACGUCCUCUGGUGUGGGUAAUGUUUUAGAAGAAGAAGGAGCAGCCAACAAAACAUUACAUAACAAUUCUGCUGGAUCAAGUAAUGUUUACAAUUAUUCUGGUGCUUUUACUGAAACUAGUUCACAACAAAAUACUGCUUCGUGGCCUUUUCCUAAUAGCUCAAGUACUGAACAUACAAGGCGUGCUGAGAGUGUUUCUGAGAGUGAGCCAGUUUUCACUGUAAAGAGUGAAGCAACAAAAAGUGAGGACAGUCGUGUAUCCUCAUUUACCAAAAGUCCGGAAGUAACUCCCAGCUAUGAUUACUUAACUGAAGAAUCUGAUGACAUCGAUGUGUCAGUAGGAAGCAGUGAGAAACCGACUGAGCUCCUUUACAGCACCGAACUUGAUCUUGAAAUCAGAACCAGGAGCAUGAUGCUAAAUACCAGGUCUCAUGUCCUUGAGCGUGACGGUGUGACUUCUCGGCUCUCCCCAGCCCCUCAUCACCAAGAAACUUCUACGCUCCUUCCUGUUAGCGAAACACCACAAGGACUGGCAUUUCCAACAACAGCAAACUCUUUCAGUCUGCAAGUUGAUGUGCCUGUCGUGGAAGUAAUCACCCAAGAAUCAUCUGUUACAGUAAUGCCCACAGUGUUUGGUAAUCCACUGAGAGACCAGAUUGACAAUAGAGCAGAAAUAAAGCGACCUGAUGAUGUAACUAACAGCACGCAAUCUCCACCUCUCGAGCGUGCUCCCAGGAACCAGGCUGCAACAUCUGAGGGGGUUCUGCCAAAUGUCACAGAAAACGGCCACCUAAUAACAUCCAACAAUUUGCAUGCUAAGGCCUACUGGAUAGUAGGGAACUGGAGUGAGUGUUCUACCACCUGUGGGCUGGGGGCGUUCUGGAGACAUGUGGAGUGUAGCAGCAGGGAUGCAUCUGACUGCCAGCACACCAAGAAGCCUGAUCCUGCAAGAAGAUGUUAUCUCCGCCCUUGCGCGAGCUGGAAAACAGGAAAUUGGAGCAAGUGCUCUGCUAACUGCAGUGGCGGUUUCAAGACCAGAGAUGUUCACUGCGUGGAUGUUCGUGAGAAGCGAGUUCUCAGGCCUUUUCAUUGCCAGUUACUUGGAUAUAAACCACAGCUCAGCACUAUCUGUAAUGUGGAGCCUUGCUUGCAGUGGCAAGUGGAGCCCUGGAAAGAGUGCAGUGUUUCUUGUGGAGGAGGCGUUCAGCAAAGAACAGUGAAGUGUGUGAAUACGGAAAGCAAUGAAACUGAGGAUCACAGUAUGUGCGCGGAUAAGCCCAAGCCAGUGGAGUAUCAGAAAUGCAAUCCACAGGACUGUGGGAAAAGUACAGGCCUAUCCUGCAGCAAAGACCAGCUGUCGGUUCAUUUCUGCCAGAGGCUGAAAAGCAUUGGCAAAUGUUUGGUGCCGUCAAUACAGACUCAGUGCUGCUCUACAUGUAGCCAUCCCCGAAUUCAUAACAAAGCAAGACGCUGGAGUCAGCGAGGCCUCAAACAACAGAAUUACUCUAAAUCUAGAAGAAAAUCGCCUCAAAGCCAAGAAACUAACAACCAACCUGUCCAGCACUAGCUGUUUUUUAUCUAGUUAAUUUAAACGGGGCUUCUGUUUACAAGUUUUAGGUUUCUUUUUCUUUCGAACCAUCCAAUGCCUGUGAUCCAAACACAUCCCUUAGGGUUAUCAAUCCUAAUUUACUCCUCCAAAUUUUUCCUUUAAUGCUCCAGAAUUUGUAACAUAAUUUGCAAUGUACCAGCAGUUAGUACUUCUUAGGCAUGCAUAGAGGCUAGAGACAAGCUUGCAAGAAUUGUUGUUUCUAAAUGAAUGUGUAAUUUGUGCUUUCUUCCAUCUCUUAUCUGAAACCUCCUUGAAACGGCAGCAUUGUGUACCGAAGAGCACUCAGCGAAGGUGGCCGGCUGAGCGGGCCCAGGGCUGCCCAGUGUGUUCUGCACUCUGGGCCGGGUCCCUAUGGGCUCGCUCACUUUUUUUUUUUUUUUUUUUAAAAGGAAUCAAGGUGAAGUGGCAGUGUUUCUUCUCUAAACUGUUUGCUCACUUCCAUCCUCAUAAUCUGAAUUUACAAGUGGAAUUUUAUGACUGAUCGUGAAUAUGUAGGCCAAAUUUAAACAUUGCGUUUCUUAAAAGGAAAAUUUUUCCCUUAAUGCUUGACUGAACCUCUAAAGGAUACCUCAGAAAUAUCCUGUCCUGACCAGUUUUCUCCUGCUGUAAAUGUCUUACUCCAGUUUAAAAGCCCCACCAAAUCUGGAACGUUAAGUUCCAAAUACAUUUUAAGUGGUCGUGAAGCAGCAUGUCAUGGUACCAUAAAAGCAAAGCUGUUUGCAUCUACCCCAUUACCGCAUGGGUUGUAAUUCACACUGAUAUUCCAUGAUGGCGCUAUUAUUUAAUCCAGUAUCUGCUAGUAGAGCAUAAGGUCACAUCUACAGCCUUACUCAACUGCUUCACUCCCAGCAAACUUUUCCCCCAGUGCAAAUGUUUGACCUCAAUGAGGGUGAGGGCACCUCGGAUAGGAUUUUGAGACCUGGAGCAUCUCUAUAGCUCUGGGCCUCAAUCAUUAGGAGAAUAUUAGCCAGAGAGUAGAUCUGUUUUGCUAUUGAAGAAAAUAGCAGAAUAACCUUUAGGGAGACCAGAAUGGACCUUCUGAAGUGUAGCUGGGCAUUUCAAAAGAGCUGGACUGAGUCUGACAUUUAGAUUCCAUUGAAAUUCAAUAGGAGUUGGACACAUCAGUCCUUUGUGCUCUUUUGAAAAUCUCCGAUUUACUCCCUAGCUGCCUGGCAAUUUGAGGUUGUAAUACAGGGAAAUGACACAUUUUAUGCAAUGUAGAAUGAAGCACAUAGCCAUGAAUGUAAGUGUCGCUAUGGAUACAGAGCUAUGAUUAGCAAUAGUUCUAUUUCUAAACAGACCUUUAUGAAAGUUAAUAGAAAUGUUUAGGUCUGGCUAUAAUGUAUUAAUCUAGUGGAGGCCACAAGUCUAACUGUCCUUUUUCAUAAGACAGGUUUGAGACCUUUGGCUAAGGGUUCACUUCUUCACUUGAAGUCUCUGGGAGUUGGGGAUAUGCAAUAUGGUAAGGUUAGACUUAUUAACCUCUGGAAUGGCAAUGUAACCUCAGUUAUAGGUGCUGAUAAAACUUAAAAUCCACUGCUAAAAAUAUGGUGCUAGUAUAAUAGACAUGGAGGGUGACUUACAGUGGUGCGUGUGCAUGCAUGUGUGCGUACAUAGCCUAUAUGCACAUAGAACAUAAUACAUAUCUAUGGUGUUGCUGGCCAAUGCCAGACAUACUACUUCUUAAGUAUUACAGUAUGUUUUUGUCCUUCUGAAGCCCUGAAUGGUUAGUAACCCUCUGAGCAAUAGAAACCAGGCCAGUUCUUACUCCGCUGGCCGUAGCAAUAUUGAAUUAGUUAUGGGGUGGAGGCGUCCCAUCUGCGAUUCAGGAAGCAUCUGGCCAUGGUUUGGCUUCAGGCUCCAAUGUGUUGAGCAGAGCCUGAACAGCUAAGACUGAAGCUGUUCUCUGGUGGCCAAAUGACCUAAGCUGGUGGACAGUGCAAAUGCAGCUGAUGUGCCCAGAGGUGUCUCUUAGGAUUUGGGCAGGACAGUGUUAGAUUCACUUUGGAGUGAGCAUCUUCUGUGCUCAGAGGGCCCUGCAACAUUUAUCCACAGAGAACAAUAAAAGUGGGCCAUCAGGCAUGUAGGUUAAUGAGGAAGGAGUUGACUGAGUGAAUUUAGUGCAGGUGGAAGGAAAAGUGCCUUGGAGGGGCAGGGGGGGGGUUCCUUCCAGUGCUCCUUGUAGCUAGUGUGGAGUAAAACCAUUUCUGGCUUCAUUGUUUUCUUCAGGGAGCUGCGAUUUCAUUUGAAAUUGAGAAAAGUGAAUAAGUGAUAUCAUGAACAUUAAUCAAAAUGAUCUUUCUACCCAGGGAAGUACAGUCAUCACUGUUGCUCAGUUUAAAACUUUAGGGAAAAGACUGUGGCAAUAGCAGGAACUGUUUUAACAAAGCGAUGUCACUGCAGUAUUUUACAUAGGUUUUUACAUUACACUCAUCAGCCUAAUUAUCUCCUCUGUGCCAAUAUUAAUUGCAGUCAUGUCUCCCGUCCAUUUAGCAAGAUUCCCUUCCUUGACAUUACUCUUCUCAAGUAAAGGUGGAUGUAUGAUCCUAACCGAGAUGGUCACUGUUCUCAGAAGUGAGUAGAGAUUUAAGUCCAGCAGCAUAAUUUCAUUGUAUUAUCGUAUUAGCCUGAGACAUAUCAGCUUCUUCAGGUGUCUCAGGGAAAAUGUUUAUUUGGCACAUUCACCGCUUCUUCUAGCAUUUCAAAUUUUAA